CAUAGUAAACACGAUAGAUUGCGACGAUCCGACGAGGCUGGAACAGUGAACGGGGUGGGGAGGCGGUGCGUGUUUCAUUAACGUACAUAUCAUCAGUACCUACUCGCAAUCGGAGAACUUCUUGUUAAAGAAAAGGAGAGAGUUGCAAGGUGGAACAGUACCGCUGCGUCUUCCAGCAGAGAAUAUUUCGGACGAUAUAUUGAAGGAAAAAUUCAAGUGGUGUGCUUCCUACUUCCUCGAAUAGACAAACUGCUUGGUUUACAAAUUGAACUGGCAUUGCUGCAACAACUUUUCUUAGUGGAUCGAAAAUCCAAUAAAGAAGUAACGGGAAGGAAAACAAGAUUUGGACAUUCGGAAGAGAGGACGAAGGAACGUUCUCAAUCAUAAUUCGUCGCCGUUCUCGUUGCCGGAAAUCGGAGCAGAGUCGUUUUCGAAUGCGGAGAGUGGCACAAUGGUGAUACGAUCAUAAUUACCAAUUCGCAGCUUGCCACGUGCAAAUGCAAUUGCUCAGAUUUGUCUGCAACCGCGUGAAGACCCUUAAGACUGCCCGUCUCCUUACCAAGUACCCUUUCAAGUACCAUGUGGAAGUAGUAAUCUAUAAAUCCCACUGAAAGGAGGAUGCCAGUAACUAAACGCAUUCCAUACCCUUCGCGAUCCGACGGCGGUAGUAGCGAGAGCCCAUUGCUCGUGGAAGAAGGUGAGACAGUCGGUGCACCUCACAGUCCACGCAAUAUACACAGUCACAGCCAUUCACAUGGCAAUCCACACCGAUCUCACAGUUAUCAUCAUGAAAAGCCCAAACAAUUAGUGAAAUACGGUGAACUAGUUAUACUUGGGUACAAUGGUUACCUUCCACCUGGUGAUAGGGGAAGAAGGAGAAGUAAAUUCGUAUUAUACAAACGACCCGUGCCAAAUGGUGUUAAGCGUAGCAAGCAUUAUAUCGUUAAAACGCCCCAUAGUUCGCAAGCUAUCCUCAACACGAAGCAGCACUCGAUUUCGUACACACUUUCCAGAACACAGGCUGUUAUUGUCGAAUAUACAGAAGAUGAAAAAACGGAUAUGUUUCAGAUCGGUCGUUCGUCCGAAUCGCCUAUCGAUUUCGUAGUGAUGGACACAUGUGCGGGCAGUGGUGAUGGUGGUCCCGCUAAUGAAGGACGUGUCGCUCAAAGUACUAUCAGCAGGUUCGCUUGUCGGAUCCUGGCAGAUCGAUUGGAUCCCAGAAUCGCUAGAAUCUAUGCUGCUGGCUUUGAUAGUUCAAGAAACAUUUUUUUAGGGGAAAAGGCAACUAAAUGGCAAGAGAAUCGCGAGAUUGAUGGACUUACGACAAACGGGGUCCUAAUAAUGCAUCCGCGGGGUCAGUUCUGUGGUGGCGAGGCGCAAUGUGGUUUCUGGCGGGAAGUUAGUGUAGGCGGUGGAGUUUUCUCGCUCAGAGAAAGUAGGAGCGCUCAACAGAAAGGCAAUGUCGUAGAGGACGAGAGCAAUAUUCUACAAGAUGGUACCCUGAUUGACCUCUGUGGCGCCACUUUACUUUGGCGGUCAGCUGAAGGCCUCGCGAAGUCUCCGACAAAACAAGAUUUAGAGGAAUUAGUUGAUGCUAUAAACGCCGGCAGGCCGCAAUGUCCUGUAGGCUUAAACACAUUGGUUAUACCACGUAAAGCAGCUUCGGAUUCGACGCAGCAGCAGCCAUACGUUUAUCUUAAAUGCGGUCAUGUACAAGGUCAUCAUGAUUGGGGCCAGGAAAAGGAUAAAGUUACGAGAAGGUGUCCCAUGUGCCUUGUCGCAGGGGCGGUAGUAAAACUGUCUAUGGGAAUAGAGCCUGCCUUCUACGUAGACUGCGGACCGCCCACUUAUGCAUUUAGUCCCUGUGGACACAUGGCUACAGAGAAAACUGUCAAAUAUUGGGAGAAAGUAGCCAUUCCACAUGGCACAAAUGGCUAUAUCGCGAUCUGUCCCUUCUGCGCGGUACCGCUCGAGGGAACGCCAGGAUAUGUAAAACUAAUUUUUCAGGAUAAUGUAGAUUAAAAAUAUAAAAUAAAGGAAACAUGUAGAAAUUAAUAACUUCUUAAGAAAUAUAAGGAUUAUUGAACUCAAUAAAGAGAGAGGAAGUUUU